AUGUCGUCACUUCAUCACAAAAAUAAAAUUGGUCUGAUCCAGGAUUACUUUGACGAAGCAAAGAAGUUUGUAGGUAAAGCCUUGGAGUCUGAUGAAAAAGGAGAGAGACUGCCAGCUCUUGAAUUAUACAAUAAAGCAUUGAAGUCAGCUCAAUCUGGACUUGCCAUUAUACAAGAGAGCCGUGAGGUAACGUCAGCCAUGAAAGAAAUAAAGAAGAAAUUGGAAAAGUUAAAGGGUCAAGUUAAAAGUAGAAUGGAGUCGUUGCUUGAGAAGGAAGAAGAGAAACGAUUGUCAAGAUCCUUACCAAAGACUCAAACUCAUACUUCCAGACCUACAGACUCAGUUUCAAGCAGUAUGGGAAUGAAAUCAGUGUCAGGAGGAGGAAAGAAUAAUAAAGAUACUUUGGGCGGAGCUGAGGCUGAAAUUGUAUUCUCGUCCAGUUCAGGUUGUAAGGUUAUCCGCGUUAAUGAAAGUGGGUGUGUCUUAAACUGUAUGCCUUCAGAAGCUAUGCACAUCUUUCGAUACAAAGAGCAUAUACCAGGUCAGCCUCCAGCGUUCAUCCAAUGUGGUGACUUUGUAUACCCACUGGUGCCCGGUCAAUCACCUGUACUUAGGAGCAGCCAGUUUGCUUACGUCUUCCCUGACAUUGAGAAUAACGGACACACCGUUGGUAUUGUGUUCAGCGAAGGAUUGACCAAGAAUGAGAUAAGGGAAUUGAAUCAGACUUUGAAAGUGUUGAGUGACUUUAAAGUUUCUGAAUCAUCAGGAGCAGCUGCUGGGGACUCAAAACCUGAACUAGAAGACACGCCCACUUGGGGUGGAUCAAUAUCAGAAAAAAUAGAAUCUGGUGUUAGCUGGGUAUCUGGUGUCAUUAGCACUGGCACAAAUAAAGCUGGUGAACUACUAAACAAGGGUGGGGACAAACUGAGGGAUAAUAUUGAGCCGAGGGAGCAGCCUGUGGAAAUACCUCAAUCAGUUGAAAAAGGAGCAUACUAUGCUAGAAGAGCAACUGAGUAUAUUCAAGCUGAAUCUAAUCCUGUAUCCAUAAUUAACUAUCAAGGUAGAAACUUCUAUUAUAACAAUGGUAUUUUAGAGCCGUUAAACAAUGAACUGCACCAAACUGGGAUAAUGCUGUAUAGCGCCGUGGUACUCCCUCCUCCUCCACAAUACUCUCCUUCGGUUCCACAAUAUCUUCCUUCUCCUCCUCAAAUUCCACCUGCUCUCCCUGUGCCACAAUACAAUAGCCCAUGCUUCUUUCAAUAA